AAAGUCCCUUUAGCCACUUUGUUAAAAAAGCAGGAAUAGGAGGUUAAGCAAGUGCCAUUUUUUAAACAAUUUUCAGAACUUUACUUCUAUGAAACAGGACCUACCAGAAACAUCAAUGUCUGAUUUUUCUUUCUAAGAGGCGAUUUAAAUUAUAAAACAAAAAUGUCUGACACUAUUAAAUGCCACCAUGAAAAUGAACAUCAGUGUUUUUUUAGAAGGCAAAUGGAAUUUAUUGCAAAUGAAAAUUUGGCAAAUGAACGGAGUGAAAGUUUUGUGAAACCAAGACUUGUACCAGAACAUGAUAUUUGGCGGAAACCACCCCCUGAUUUUAGUGUUAAGCUUUAUACGUCUUUGAAUUUGCCGAAGAAACCAAAGGAACGUGAAAAAAGAGUGAAAAAAAAUAACAAAAAUAAAACUGAGAUUUAUAAUCAAGUCAAUACACUACAAUCAGUUGACCGUCUUCCUAGAAUAAUGGACAAAGAGUCUUCCAAAUUCCUAACACGAUUUAAAAACAUUGGAGAAUUUGAGGCUAACAUGUGGUAUGUCAAAUGUGGCAUGUACCCCAAAGAACAAUUCAAAGACUCAAAGCCUCAUGAUUUCAGACAGUAUGAAGUCGAUAUUCCUGAUUUUGUUACAAGUUAUUAUCAUGAUCCUUUGAACUUAAAAUUUAAAUCUCAACAUUUAAGCUGUGUUUAUGGAAUUCAGCCUUUACAAGAGAAGAUUUAUAAAUCAAACAACAACAUCUUUAUAACUCACAGACCUGAGGAUCUGGAGUGGGACUCAGCUCUCAUUCUCCCCAAGACUCCGUGGCCACCCAAGUCUGCAUCAUUUACAAGAUAUAGAAGACAGAGAGGAGUGCACACUGCGUUUUUGGAUCGAGUGGAAGAAAAAUUUAAAAAGUGGCAAGAGAAAACAAAAUGAAGUCCAAGGAUGUGGAGCUGAAUGUCAAGAUAAUGUAAACAUUGCACACACGCAAUAUCUCACUGGAUAUGUGUAUUAAACAAAAUGAUGUAUCUAUCUAACAGCAUGUUAAAUUUAGCUGUAAAAUGUGUAAUAUAUUCUCUUAAUUGUUGUUUAAUCCCCCUUCAUGAUAUUGUAAAGCAACUGCAGAAUAUGUUGGCUCUAGAAAAAUUUGUUCAGCUUUUGUGUUUAAUAUUGGUUUCAUCUUGGUUAAAAUACGGGAUGGGUGAAUCCAGUGAACAUGUUGCCAUUGGCAGAGUUACCCCUAUUUCUUGUAGCCCGCACAAGGAACAACUAAAGGAAAGCUCAGCA